AUGGUGGAGCUGGUAUCGGUGAUGAGGAACAUUAAGGAAGCACGGAUCCCGAGGCCAAUAAGAUCCGAUCCCAGUCAGAGAGAUCCUAAUCUAUGGUGUGAGCAUGGGACUAAUGGCCACUGGACCCGGGACUGCCAAUAUCUGCGCGAGGAGGUGGUGACAUUUCUGAAAAAUGAACAUCUUAGAGAGUUCUUACACAAUUGGGAAAAAUAUAACUACGGCAGCAACCAGGAUAAUGCAGAGCCAUCGAAGAUAGGAGAAGAUCCUCCUCGACUAACGAUGAACAUGAUUUUCGGGUCGAACGAGAUUAAUGGUGUAACCUUUUUGGCAACAAAAAAGACAAAGGUAUCAGUGAUUCGUAGCAAGAGACUUCGGGAAGUCACUGAGGACGAUAUCACCUCCAUAGAGGAGGACACCGAUGGACUCUUACUACCGCAUAAUGAUGCCCUGGUAACUUCUCUUAAUGUUUUAGAUUUUAAAACUGAAUGCGUUUUGGUGGACCCAGGAAGUUCAGCCAAUAUCAUUCAAUGGAGAGUGUUGAAACAAGCCAAGCUAUCCGAAAGCAUCAUUCCUAGCACAAAGCUCCUCACCGGGUUCAACUUAGAGAGUGUGACAACUCUAGGGGAUAUCCUGCUACCCACAAAUGCCGAAGGGAUCAUGAAGACUACCUUGUUUGAAGUAGUAGACGACGACAUGGGUUACAACAUUAUUCUUGGCAGACUGUGGCUACAUGAGAUGAAGGCUAUGCCAUCAACUUCUGAAAUUCCCAACUUCAGAGGGAUUAAGCGAACAAGAGGGAAUCAACCGGCAACAAGGGAGAUGAACCCGAUCUCGGAUUCCAGCAAUAAAGGGAAGGAACAUACGGCAUAG